ACAUAGCCAUUUCUUAGUAAAGGAAUGAUAUAAUGUUCCGGUUGAGCUACAACAGCACGUUCCUGUUAAGCUGAGACAAAUAUUCGACAGUAAUUUGAGAACUACAUCUUGACGAAGCGUUUCAGUACUAAGUUGGAACGGCGACGUUUAACGCAUAUAAUUAUCUCUGAUAUUUCGAAAGAUGUGGAGAACGCUUCUCUUGGGGACAAUUUUCCUCUACAGUUAUCCAGCCAUCGGGGCCAAGCAAAAGCAAAGUGGCUCCAAUGGCUGCCUGCGAACAAGUAUAAAGCGAUACUGUGGGAAGGUUUGCUCCAAGGACGGAGAUUGUCGGCGAAACCAGAAAUGUUUAUGUGAUGGGGACUGUGGAAUGAUUUGUGUAAAAAACAAUCUUAGAUGCGAAAACUUACCCAAGGUAAAAAACAGUCGUUCAAGACUCACCAAUGGCAGCUACUUUGGCAGUGUGGUGACAUAUAAGUGUAAGAAACCAUAUAAACUCCGUGGCUCGGCAAAACGAAAAUGCAGAGCAACAGGAAAAUGGGAUGGAGAGAAAACGAGAUGCAAAACCUUUUGUAAGGACCCUGGACGAAUCCCUUAUGGAAGCAGACGAACUGAACGCAUUAAGGGUGUGAAGUAUAUGCUUUUCUGGUGUUUAGAUGAUGAUAUGUAUAAAAUGGUAGGAGCCCGUCGAAUAGAAUGCCGUGAAGACGGAAAAUGGAGUGCACCAAAGCCAAAAUGCAUCCAAUCUCUUCCCCCGUGUGACAAACCGAACAUUGCAGAAGGGGUUACAGUUAUAUAUCCUCGAACAAUGAAUAGGGAAUUCAAAUACGGUGACAAAGUGGUAUUGAGAUGCAAGGAUGGGUACUUUAAGUCAGGACUUGGUGUUUACCAAUGUAAGAAAGGCAACAGAUGGAGUGGAGGCAUCACUUGCUCUCCUAAAAGCUGUGGCCGUCCAAACGAUAUCCCUAACGGAAGGAUCAUAGGGUACGUAUAUUCCUUUAAGGAAAAGAUCAGAUACGAGUGCAACGAAGGCUACAAUCUUAAAGGACCAUCUUAUAGAACAUGCCAGGCUAACGAGAAAUGGGGUGAUAGUGACCCUAUUUGUGAAGUUGCGGAUUGUGGCCCCUUACAAAAGCCAGAUCACGGAGAUAUAAUCGAGCAAGUAGCGUUUACCUAUGGAAAUAGAAUAGUCUUUGACUGCACAGAGACAGGUUACGAAAUGAAAGGAUCAAAAGUAAAGACAUGUCAAAGUGACGGAACAUGGAGUGGCUCUCCUACAACAUGUGAAAUUGUUCAAUGUGGCGAUCCUGGAACACUUCAAAACGGAACCCAGACGGUAACUAAACGUUACGUGUACGGUGGAUCUGUCAAAUUUAAAUGCAACAAAGGUUACACUCUGGUAGGGACGCGCAUCAUCUACUGCCAAGCGAACAAACAAUGGAGUGCAGCUGUUCCGCAUUGUCGAGCUUCUUGCCAAGAUCCUGGCGAUCUUUUACAUGGUAAUACGAUUGGCGACAACUUUAGCCACGGCCAAAAAGUAUCAUAUCUCUGUAAUAGGAAUUACGUCUUGGAGGGCGCGACAACGAGCACAUGUUCAGAUGGCGUGUGGAGCAACCAGAUGCCAAAUUGCCGAGCACCAUGUGCCGGACCUACCGCACCUCCAAAAGGGCAAAUAGUGGGCCGAGAUCACCGACAUGGAAAAUCUGUAACGUUUUUAUGUUUUACUGGCUAUACAAGAGUUGGCUCCUCCCCCAUCAAAUGCUAUGAUGGGCAAUGGGACAAACCAUUUCCAGUCUGCAAAGGCAUUUGUGGCACUCUGAGAAAUCCCUAUAAAGGAAAAGUGCGCGGGAAGAAUCCUUCCGGCCGUUUCCUUGAUGGAGAUGUAGCAACGUUCUCUUGCGACAAUGGUUAUGACUUGUUUGGUAAAAAGAGAAUUCGUUGCGUUAACAGAGUAUGGGACUCCACCGUACCUCAAUGUAAAGGUGAGUGUAUGUCGUACACAUGCUGAUGGAUACGCUUUGAU